GUCGAGCCUCGACUGAGAAAGCGUCCCAUGAAGUGACAGCAGCGUUGUUGGGUUAUAACAGCUCCCGUUUAAGUGGCAGAUGUGGAGCAGAAUAUUGAGUCCUCGUGUGAUUGGUAGAACAUCUCUGUGUUGGAGGAGUCUCUUCACGAUGAAGCUGAAGACCAGCGAGUUCCAGUCUGUGGUCUCUGAUGGACUGAAUGGACUCGCGGAGGUGUUUGAGAAGCACCAGCAUGAGCUGAGGAUAGCGGGAGGUGCUGUGCGCGACCUGCUGUCUGGGACGCAGCCCGAGGACGUGGACUUUGCCACCACGGCCACUCCGGAGGAGAUGAAGCGCAUGUUCCAGAAAGCUGGCAUCAGGAUGAUCAACAACAGAGGAGAGAAGCACGGGACCAUUACAGCGAGACUCCACAACGAGAACUUCGAGGUGACCACGUUGCGCGUGGACGUUCAGACGGACGGCCGCCACGCAGAGGUGGAGUUCACCACCGACUGGCAGAAAGACGCCGAGCGGCGAGACCUCACCAUCAAUUCCAUGUUUUUAGGCCUUGAUGGCACAUUGUACGACUAUUUCCACGGAUACGAAGACCUGCAGAAUCGCAAAGUUCGGUUUGUCGGCAGCGCUGAACGAAGAAUCCAGGAAGACUACUUGAGAAUACUACGCUAUUUCAGGUUCUACGGCAGGGUGGCCCUGGAGCCCGGCGGCCACGAGGCCGAGACGCUGGACGCUAUUCGGGAGAACGGCCGCGGACUAGCGGCCAUAUCGGGAGAACGCAUUUGGACGGAACUGAAGAAGUUGGUUGUCGGUGGCCACGGCGCUCAUCUGCUGGAGCUCAUGUACAGUCUGGAUCUGGCCCAGUACAUAGGUUUACCUCCAGGUGGCAACGUUGAGGAGAUGAAGCGAGUGUGGCGGGCCGCCAAAGACCACUCUCCCAAGCCCAUGACCGUCCUCGCCGCUCUCUUCCGCCGCCCAGAGGAGGUGGAGAAGAUGGACAUCCGGCUGAAGGUGUCCCGGGAGGAGAAGACUCUGGCUCUGUUCCUGGUGAAAUACCGGCGGGAGCUCUGCAAGAGCCAAGACGAUCCGGACAGCCUCAAACCCUUCACCGACUUUAUCUUUGACAGUCGGGAGCUGGACUCUCAGAGUAAAGUGUGUGAGCUGCUGAAGUACCAAGACGAGGAGAAGCUGCUGGCGAAGCUCAGCGGCUGGUCCGUCCCCCGCUUCCCCGUCAGCGGCCACGACCUGAGGCGGCUGGGGGUCACCACGGGCAAGGAGAUAGGCGCCAUGCUGCAGGAGCUCCGCGACAUCUGGAAGAACAGUCGCUACCAGAUGGACAAAGAUGAACUCCUCAGCCACGUCAAGUCCUAAAUGAGGAGGGAAGGGGAGGUACCGGGGACUCCUUACAGAUACGGGUUGAGCGGAUCGCCGCGCGUCGUUUAGAAGAGGGCGAGAGAAGACACUGCAAGAAAUGAGAAAAGCGUAGUUGUUGAUGAAUGCCAAUUUCUUUCCAAGUAAGCCCGGUGUCCUGCAUCACUGUGUGAAAAGAUCUCACACACACACACACACACGAUAUACGCAGCACGGCUGCUACCCUUUUUAUGAGUGAACGUGUGCAAUGACAUUAUUACAGAGCUCCGUGCAAAUCCAUUGGCUAAGCAGCUGUUAACGCUCGGUUACUAUCAAACGUAUGAAUUGUUGAAUUCAUAUUGAAAAGCAGAAGUUUGGAUUGUAUUGCUUUUAUUUCUGUAAAACUGUUUGUUUAAAAUAUAUAUAUACAUAUAUAUGUUUUAUUGAAAA